UCGAUAUCACGGUAAACUUCGAUAAUAUAGAAGUAUGGCCGAAAGCGCAUUUUCAUUUGUGCUAAAGCAAAAUAACAAAACAAUACGUUAAGACUAAUAUUAUGAUUGAGUUAAAAGUAUUUUAUUGUUUAUUCUUGUUAUCAUUUUUGGAUUCAACGUCGCAAAUUCGGCCCUCCUUACAUGGGCAUAAUAAUGCCUUCGUUCAGGACGACAAUGAUGUUCAAUAUCUUUUGGAUAAUAUACCAUUACCUAUGCAUAAGGACUUUACUAAUACAGUACAUGGGGUUGGGGAUUCUGUACCGGAUGAAGAUAAAAUACAAGAUACAUUGUCCCACAUUUAUUUUGAACCCCAUAUUUUGGAUUUUAAAGAGAGACAACUUGGUAUACCCCAUCAAGAAACUGUGAUGUUAAUUAAUAAAGACCAUAAUAGGACAAUUCAUUUAUUAUCAAUUUCCGGAAAUACUCGUCAUUUUCACUCAUCAUUUUUCCAAGAUAAAGUAAUACCUCCUCUUGGAAAUACCACAUUUAAUGUAAUUUUUCUUGGUAGAGAAGAAGGUGAGAUCGAUACUCACCUUUUUAUACAUACAUCAGAGGGUACAAUAAAGUAUCAAGUCAGAGGAAUAAGUAUUAGUAGUCCAUAUCGACUAAGACCUGUAAUUGAUGUCAAGUUACCAUUAAAUGCAUCUUUUACUCCACUUAUAUAUAUGCAUAAUCCACAUCCAGAAUCAUUGCAAGUAGUAGAAAUAUAUAGUAGUGGAGGAGAAUUUCAAUUGGAAUUACCAUCAGGGGAAGCAGAGGGUUCUCGUGAAUUAUGGGAAAUACCACCUUAUCAAACCAAACCAGUUAUAAGACUUCAUUUUAAUGCUUAUACAGAAAAAAAUCACACUGCAUACAUUAGAGUUAAAGUAAAUAAUACUGCUGAGAUAUUAAUUGUAGCAGUUGAAGUAGAAGUUAGGAGUGGAGCUGGUCUUCAUUGGGGUGGAAGUUCGGGAAGAAUAAAUUUUGGUAUGGGAGGUUCAUUACAACCACCCACAUAUCACAUAAUUGCUUUAAAAAAUUCAGCUAAAAAACCAGUUAAAGUUGUGAAUAUAAUUAGCACCCCCAUAUCGAAAGCAUUAGGACUCCAGUUUAAGCCAACUGUUAUUCCUGGGGACACCGAUAUCCCAAUCGCUAUUGGGACACUAUUUUAUGACUGGAAGGCUGGUUUAGAAUUACAACACUUUAAGGGCAAAUUAAUGAUUAAAGCAAUAGGGCCUGGUGGUUCUAGUCAAAAAUUAGCCAUACCAUGGAUAGCACAGGUGUUACAAGGAGGACUAGAAGUAAAUGCAUCAAUUACUCAUUACUGUUCUCUGCAAACUAGCCAAGCUCAAAAUUUUAGCGUUGUAAAUAAAUUUAAAUUACCAUUAGCCAUCACACAUGUUACGAUGUCACCUAAUGUUAAAUCGCGUUUCAUGAUAAAAAAUUUUACUCCUAGAGUAAUAAAACCAGAACAAAAAGUUAAUAUAUUUUCUUUACAACUUACCAAAGAAAAGAAAAAUGAAGAUGUAGAGAUGGAGUCAUCGAUAUUAAUACAUUCAAAUGUAUCUGUAACUAAAGUACCAUUACUCAGUUAUGAUGGAAAAGUAAGGAAAAUUGUUCCAGGAGAAAGAGAAGAUGAUAAAGGUACCAUGAAUUUUGGUACCGUUAGCAGUGGAACUGAAAAUGAAGCAAUCUUUGCGUUAGAAAAUCAGAAUCCAGUUAAUAUAGAAUUACAUGAUUGGGGAGUAAAUAUGCCUGGAGCAGUAUUGGAAUUAAUGGGUUGUCAAAGUGGUCCUGCAGAUUUAUUGGAUGAGGAGCUUAAAAAUGUAACUGUAUGUAGCAAUACUGGCAAUCAAUUUAUAAAACCUGGGUUUUUAGCAAUUUUCAAGAUUAUAGUAAAAGCUCCUAUGAUAGAGGAGGAUACGAUAGUUGGUGAUGUCUUUGUUAGAACUAAGUAUGAAAGACUUAUUUUACCUGUAUUCAUGCGAGUUGCUCAUGGAAAAAUCUCUGUAAAGAAACUUAUAUUUACAGAUUGUUUUCCUGGAUCAAUAUGUGUACAGCAAGUUAAAGUACAUUCUACGUUUACAAGACCAAUGGAAGUAACUGAAAUAGUUUCAGUUAACAAGGAUGAUAGAAUAAAAUACAUACCUUUAGAAGAAGCAACAUUACCAACAAUAUCUAAAGGUGAUAAUCAUAUAGGAUCUAUAAAGAUUAAUCCAUCUAUCAACUGUAAACAACGAUGUUACCUUGACUUGCUAUUAGAUACAAAUGCUGGUAAUCAAUGGUUAAAUACAAUGAGCCUUCCUUCUCACACGCGUGAUACUGAUCUAAAUUUAUUAACUACACGUUACAUGCGUUUUAUUAAUUCUACUGGAGCAGGUUCUUGGGAUAAUGUAACAAUGCGCUUAGACACUAAUGAAGUACGUGGUUAUAAAUUUUAUGUUAACAUUAAACCACAUUGGCCCAGUUUAUUGACCAGUUCUGGAAAUGCAAAUAAAAAUAAAAGUAUAUUAAUGUUUCCCUUAACACAAGUGGGACAUAUAUCGCAUAAAAAAAUAAAAUUAUAUAAUCCAAGUAGAAAUCCUUUAAUAGUCCAAUUAGUAAUGGAUUGGAAUUAUCCUCAAGGAUCAAGACUAUUUCAUUCUUUACCCAGCAAGUUCAAACCAAUGUGUAUAGAAUGUUUACCUAUGGUACAAGAGGAAUUUAAACUCGAAGACAAUUUGGAGGAACGUGAAUUGUUUGAAAAACAAUGGGAUGUUACAGUGGCUACGCAAUCAUUUCCUUUUUAUUUAAAUCCUUUGGAAUCUAAAACUAUUAAAAUAAUAUAUUCACCGACGUCGGCAUCACUUUCGUCUGCUCUUAUAUAUAUUAGAAAUAAUAUGACCGUCUUAGAAGUUUUACGUGUAAUGGGACGUGGAGCAAGUGCACAAUUUAGGUUUGGAAAUCGUAAACCAGGUUCUACUACACCUUUAUUAUUUGAACUUGGAGACAAACACCUUAAAGAUUGUGAACGUGAACGAUCGAAACGAAAUUCAAUUCCAAAUCUAACAGUUAAAAGAUCCUUCACAGCGAGAAAUACUGGAGAAUUACCAAUACAUAUUUACGGUUUCUAUAUAAGCGGUUCACAUUGUGAAGGAUAUGGAUUUAAGGUACUUAAUUGUGCCUCUUUUUUACUGUUUCCAAAUGUUACAAAAAAAAUUGAAAUAGCAUUUACGCCAGACUUCACUUUAUCACGAAUUGAAAGGAAAUUAUUAAUACUGACAAGUUUAGGAACUGAAAAUGAGAGUAGUAUGAUAAAACUUAAUUUAUUAGCAACACUUCCUACGCAUUCUUUGGAACCUUGCGCAGCCAUAUUAAUUAGACCAUCAUGGGAAUAUAUUAUACAUUGGGCAGCCGUCAUUCUUUCAUCGAUAUUGUUAAUAUCUGUGCUUGCUGUAUCCUUUCUUGAGGCAGAUCGUAUACUAAGAGGUGCUUUAGCAAAUUUUUCUCGAGAAAGUUCAGUUCAGCCACCUCUUGACCUUAGGCUUUUGUCAUAUGUACCAAUUCAAUCAACAGAUAUCACAAAUUCAUUGAAAGAGAAAUCUACAAAUGAUGAUAAAAAUAAAAUAAAUAAAAAAGAUGACAUAACAUCGGAAUGGAUGUUAAUGAAUACAAAACGUUGUAAAGAUAAAGAUUUGCAAAAGAGUUUGAAAAUUUCUGAUUGGACGUCAGAAGAAGAACAACGUUUUAAAUUAGAUAUAGAAUCGAAAGAUUUGUUAUCUUUCAAAUCAUGCGAAGAUCCACUUGACGGUUCUAACAAUAUUGGAAAUAUUGGACUUGGCACAAGAAAGAGAAAUAAUAAAAAACAACAAAACAUACAAGAAAGUCAAUCUGAUAAUAAUUGUCUAAUAGAAAGUACAUUUACAGAAAUUCAGCCAGUACAAGAAAAAAAAUAUAGAACGCAUUCUUUAAUAAAAUCUAGUCCUGUUAUAAAUAGAAAAAUGAAAUCAAACAAUGUAGGAAAUAUAAAAGAAGAAUUAAAGUCAUGUGACAAUGAAAGUCAGGGAGACACAAUUUAUUUAAAUGCCAAAAAUAAUAAAUCUGAAAAUAAGAGAAAAAUUACCGGAGGAAAUAGUACUAGCCAUAGUAAUCACAUGUUAAAGAAGCUUGAUAUAUCGUCACAACAAAAGAGCGUUCAACUUUCUGAAGAAGAAACUUCGUCCACAACAACAGAAAGUUCAGUACACGAUGAUACAUCAUCUUUAUGUAAAGGACAUGAUCAAAAUUGUAUAAAAACAGAUAAAUUACAAAGGAAGCCAGUAAAUAAAAAAAACAAAUCGCAAACAAUACCUUCUGUACCUUGUGUCGAUUAUAAAGAUAAUUAUGAAGGUGAUUGUGACGAUGACGAAUAUGAUAAAGAAAGGAAUAAUAAUCCAAAUAGAUGGAAAACAAAUACAACUAGAUCUAAUACAAAGUAUCACAUUCAUGGAUCACGUACAGUAGAAUCAUCUUAUAAAUUACCGCGCCAAAGUAAAAAUCUUCCGCGAAAAGAAAAAGUAUCACAAAAACGUCGUGCAACGGAUAAAAUUCACACAAAAACUUCUUCUCUAAAUGGAAAUAUAAAUUCAAAGGAAGAUGGAACACGUAAUUUAGGAACAGUAUCUACAAUAUCACCACCACCGCCAGCAUCAGGAUGGGGUGAACAUAGAGCUAAAUUUAGUGAUGUAGUAGCUCGUAAUCAAGAAAGCAUCUCUGCAUUUUCUAACUUAUCAAAUUUGCAUAAGAAUCAACCAGUUACACAUAAUUUAUCAUUGGUGUUUACUAAUGACACUAAAGAUACAGAAUAUAUAAAACAACAGCCAAAUCAAGAAUCAAUUGAAUCUACCAAAGAAUAUGAAGUAAUGCCAGAAGUUUUGACCCCUUGUAUGCCAUCGACUGGAAGGACAAAAUUGGUUUGUCAGGAUCAUAUUACGGCACAAACUAAUGUUCCACAUGCAAAUAGUUAUUUUAUCAAUAACUUUAUUGAUUCUUCAUUUGAAAGAGAAUUGGUACCAUAUGACGAUCUUCCAGAAACAGAUGAACUUUUGGUUGAAUUAGAAAGUCCAGAGGAAGAUACACGAUGUCAGUUAUGGAAUGAUAAUAGAACUAUGAUUGAUUUAUUAUCAGAUAAUACUAGUGCUUUUCAAUUUGACACAUCAAAUUCUACAGAAAAUGGCACAAAUUUAACAGAUUCAUUAAGAGAUAAUUGGGCGAAUGUAGAAACUAAUUGGGAACCAUUAUACACUAGAGCAGCAGUAGGAGAAGAACGAAGUGGCGUAUGGGGAGUUAAUACUGGUGGUGUAUGGGCAGCUGCACCUUGGGGCGCAACAGCACAACCACAUGCCACAUUAUCUGUGCCACUACAAUUAUCAGAAUCAGACGUGCAGGACAGAACAGGAUUUGAUCCAUUUCGUUCUCUCAAUACAAUUUGGACACCAUCAUCAACAGAGUCUUGGAAAAAAAAGCAUGAAGAUUAAUAAUUUUAAUGUUACUAAUUUAUCUUGUGAUACUGUUGGCUUGUUUAAAAAUUUUUGUGGAAAAGUGAAAGUAAUACUAUAUUAAAAAAAAACAAAAAAAAAACAAAAAAAAACAAAAAAAAACAAAAAAAUAGUAUUUGCAAUUGAGAUUCAAUACUAUUCAAGUUUACAAUGAUAUUCAAUUAUGUUAUAUUUAAAUUUCAGAAAUUUUGUAGACAAAAUUAUUGUUCUUAUAAUAUCAUUAAAUUUGUCAGUUUUUAAAAUGCAUGUUAUCAAAUUUUGAUAAGCUUGUACAAUUACAUUGUAUUGAAAAUAUACAUCAAUACUUUGAUUUCAUAUAUCAAAUGUAUUUGUAUUUGCUCUUCGUAAAUACUGUCAUAAAAUUAAUAUACUUUAAUUAAAAAAAAAUAGCAUACGCAUACAAACACACACAUACAUAUAAAUUAUAAAUUACAGCAGUAAACAUAAUUAUAUAAUCAUUCAAAUUUCAAUGAAUUUGAUUCUCAAUUGCAUUGUUUUUUGUUUUUCUUUUUCCAUUGCUCAUAUUUUUAUUGUAAAAAUAUUCACGGUACUCAAUAAUAUCUGAGAAUAUUGUAAUUCUGGUAAUACACAAAUGAUAAUUAAGUUAUUAAAAAACGAGUGAGAACUGUGAUUUUUAUAGUCUUGACUUGUAGAAAUUUCUGUAGUAAGUUUUCAAGACAUUUUACAAAGUUGUGAUGUAUACAAAGCAAAAUAAAAAUAUGUACCUACUCUUCAA